AAAGCAGGAGAGGGAGGGGUGGAGUAGUGAGUGGAUCUCGGCGUUGGCGGGGGCGGCUUGCGAAGGUGUCAUGGCCGCUGCUACCGAGCUUAGUUACCCGAGCAUCGGUGACAGGGACCUGGAACGCAGCUGCAGCCCCAGCCUCUCCCGAGAGGUGCUCUGCGAACUCUUUCGCUCUCUGCACACCCUGGCUGGACAGCUUAACCUCAGAGAUGAUGUGGUGAAAAUUACAAUCGAUUGGAACAAGCUCCAGAACCUCUCGGCAUUCCAGCCUGCAUUGCUCUUUAGUGCACUUGAGCAACACGUUUUACAUUUGCAGCCUUUUUUAGCAAAACUUCAGCCUCUGAUUAAAGAGGAGAAUGCCACAACUGCUGAAGAGAUGGGAAAAACAGAAAUGGGGAACAAGAGUGAAGUGAAUGACAAAAAUCCCAUUGGCGACCUGCAAGAGGAAGAGAAGCACAAAGACGGUGACUUAGGAGAUGUGAAAAAGACACAGAUCCAUUUUGAUCCCGAAGUCGUUCAAAUAAAGGCUGGAAAAGCAGAAAUUGACAGACGAAUAUCUGCAUUUAUUGAAAGGAAGCAAGCUGAAAUCAAUGAAAACAACGUCAGAGAAUUUUGCAAUGUUAUUGAUUGUAAUCAAGAAAAUAGUUGUGCCAGAACUGAUGCUGUUUUCACCCCUUACCCUGGAUUUAAAAGUCACGUAAAGGUUUCUAGAGUUGUGAAUACAUAUGGACCACAGACUAGACCUGAAGGAAUUCAAGGGUCAGGUCACAAACCUAACAGCAUGCUUCGAGACUGUGGUAAUCAGGCUGUAGAAGAACGACUACAGAAUAUUGAGGCUCACUUGCGACUGCAGACAGGUGGUCCAGUGCCAAGAGACAUUUAUCAGAGGAUUAAAAAACUUGAGGAUAAAAUACUUGAAUUGGAAGGCAUCUCUCCUGAAUACUUUCAGUCUAUAAACUUUUCUGGAAAAAGAAGAAAAGUUCAACCCCCUCAGCAGAACUAUUCACUGGCUGAACUUGAUGAGAAAAUUAGUGCCCUCAGACAAGUCUUGCUUAGAAAAUCAAGAGAAGCAGAAUCCAUGGCAACUCACCACCUUCCAUGAAAAACUCCUCUCCUUGUCAUUUUACUUUUUUAUAGACAUGUAACACUGUAAUUAAUGAAACAGAUACGUAUUUAUCAAAGUAGACUUCUGUAAAGUCAAGAUUUAUUUUCACAUGAGUCCAGCUUGCAGUAGGUAAUCUUAGCCUUGUUGGAAUUUAUUCCCUUCUGUUUUAAAGGAGGUAUUUUGAAAUUACAGAACUUAAUUUUAUAGCACUUUGUGUGGAUGUGUGCUGUAGAAAAAAAUGAUAGUGAUAGUUAAGAGGACUUUAUUAAUGUUCAUGUUAACCAGUUAGUUUAACUCAGUACUUUGCACAUAAUGGACAGUCAACAAAAGUUUAUUGACUGAAUUUUAAAGGCAUGCAUGAAAUUUUCUUAAAAAAAAAAAAAAAAAAAAACUUGUCAGGUAUCACUGUUAACAAAUUUGUUGUCUGUGUGAUCUUAAUCUCUUUGUGCUUUAACUUCCUCUAUCCAUAAAAUGGGAAUGAUAAAAAUAGAACUUACUUCACUGACUGUUAUGAAGAAUAAGUGAGAUCUUGCAUAUACAGGGUGAAGCUGUGGGUCCAAAGGGAAUUGCUCAGUAAAUGGUAGCCAUUAUAUAAAACCAGGUCUGUCUUUGGGCAGUAGUUAAAAUGUUACAAAAAGUUAUAUUGCCAUAGUUGCAAAUUAGACAUUUAAAAGAUGCAGCUACAGUUAUGUUAAAAGUCUUGAUGAAAUUGCUAUUUAGACCAAGAAUUGUUUUGAUAAAAGCAUCAGGAAGUGUAGCUAAACAUUGUAGGAUCUAGGAAGUCAUUAACGACUGCUCUCUGACCCUAAGCUCCUUGUUUUCUGCUCUUCCUCUCUGUCCCAUUACCUGUGUCCCUGUGUCGAAUCCCCGAUGCAUCUACUUUAUUCUCUCUGUGGGCUGGUUUUGCUGAAGGCCUCUUCAUUCUGCUUUCCCCAUGGGGUAACAAAUCAGUGCUGACCCCACAGCCUCUGCUUGUAAAACUCUGACCUCGACUCCGUGCAGUGACUACGGCUUACCUCAAUCCGUACGAAUUCCAGUUCUUCAGAGGACCACAUGCGACUCCACGUGAGCGGGCAUCUUUUGACAGCUGUGACCAGGAAGAUGGGCCAGGACAUUUUCAUAGGACGAUGCAUUGUACACACCACCUUGUUCAGUAGCCUUGAAAAUGUAUGUAGUCACCUGAAUAAAAAAAUAAGGGAUUUGGAAUCAUUCCCCAGAAACA